AUGCUGCACGAAGGGAAGAAGUAUGUGAUUAGGACAACGAACAAAGUCACUGGCACCACCUACUACAACUGCCGUCAUUUCCGACAAGGCUGCCUUGCAAAGCUGAUUUCGAAAAGAGAACACGUACGCGCUCGCGGUGAGCACAACUGCGAGAAUUUACUGCCGAUUCAAGUCAUGGAUGUGUCAACAUUGUCAAAAAAUACCCGCAAGGGUAUGGGUUGCGAUAUGCUACACUCGCUCGACAAGGCCGAGGCGCGCUGGCUCAGCGACUCGGACAAACGCUCCUUUGUGAGGUUUAACACUGGGUGGUCUGUCAAGAAUAAGGAGCGCCGUAUC